CGGAGGAAGCUCGGGUAUAUAAGGCGGCGUCCCCCAAGCUUCUGCAUCAUUCCACCGUCAGCCGUGGAAGGAUAAGAACCUCAGUGCCUUCUUCGUCCUCCUCAUCCUCCUACAUCUACUUCUGCUUCCUCGUGGUCGUAUAGUCAGCUUGGGAAUAUGAAGCCCCUCGUGGUCCUGGCCCUGACCUCGGCCCUCCUGGUGGCUUCCGUCUACGGGAGUCGCCUUGGAAGUGGAUAUAGUGGUGGCAGCGGCGGCGGCGGCGGCGGUGGACACGGCGGAGGGGGCGGACAUGGCGGAGGGGGCGGACAUGGCGGAGGGGGCGGACAUGGCGGCGGACAGAUUGGGGGCAGCGGUGGAGGCUUUGGUGGAGGAGACGGAGGCUAUAGUGGAGGAGGCAGUGGAGGAGGAAUAGGUGGAGGGCAGAUUGGAGGAAGCGGUGGAGGCUUCGGUGGAGGAGAUGGAGGCUACAGCGGCGGCGGAGGUGGAAGCGGUGGUGGUCAUGGUGGUGGUGGUUCUGGUGGUGGUUAUGGUGGUGGUGGAAGCGGUGGUGGAAUUGGUGGUGGUAGUGGUGGUUCUGGUGGUGGAAGCGGUGGUGGAAUUGGUGGUGGUCAUGGUGGUGGUGGUGGUGGUGGUGGUGGUGGUGGACAUGGCGGUGGUUCUGGUGGUGGAUUUGGUGGAGGCUACGGCAAGUAAGCAACCCGCACCAGGAUGAAGAAAGAAGAAGAGAGAAAGAAGAAGAGGAAGAGGAGGAGGAGGAAUUAACAUUGCCUCUGCAUCCAUCUUUGUAUUUCUAUGCCUCAUCUUCCUUCUAUGUAUUCAGCUCCACCUCUGCUCCUCCUCCUCCUUCUCCUCCUCCAGAAUAACUAUGAAAGAUUAAUCCCCAGUCACUAUUUUUUUGUUCUUUUUAAGUAUUUUUCAUUUAAACAUUUAUGUUCUUUUAUAUUUGUUUUAUCUUGCCAUGACAUAAAAGAUCCAGACAAAAAAAAGAAUUGGAGUAAGAUCAGUUAAAUGUAUGUCCACGCACUACGAAUAAAAGUGAGAUUGGAAACA